AAUUUUUCCACACCUCAAGUGGACAGCUGCUUUGCUAGUCCCAGUCCCACUGUGACCAGACUCACAACCAUCUACAGGAAACAGACCUUGGAGGAGCUCAUGGUAGGAAUGUCCUCUUGCAACAGUUCCAUUCCUCAGCCCUUGAUAUUUGUCCUGGCUGGAAUUCCUGGCUUAGAAUCAUCCCAUGGCUUGUUCUCUGUGCCUUUUUUCUUGGUCUUUGUCAUUGCAGUCAUUGGCAAUGCCACCAUCUUAUGCAUCAUCUGGGUGGAGAAGAGUCUUCAUGAACCCAUGUUUCUCCUCCUGGCCAUGCUAUCAGUUGUUGACCUGUCCCUGGUCAGUGUCACUGUUCCCCGAAUGCUGAGUAUCUUCUGGAUGAAUGCCAAAGAAAUCAGUUUUAAUGCUUGCCUCACACAGAUGUUUUUCAUCCCAUUGUUUUAUGUCAUGGAGUCUGGGAUUCUCCUGGCCAUGGCUUUUGACAGAUUUGUGGCUAUCUGGCACCCUCUGAGAUAUACCACCAUCCUUGCUAACAACAUGCUUGUGAAGACAGCACUGUCUGUGCUAACAAGGGCAGUGACCAUGCUGACCCCAGCACCUAUCCUAGCAAAAAGACUGGAAAGCUUCCAAACCUACAUCAUUGCUUAUUCCUACUGUGCCUACAUGGCUGUGGUACAAAUAGCCUGUGGAGACAUCUCUGACCACAUCAUCUAUGGCCUCAUGGUUAUUGUAGCAUCUGUGGGAUUCGAUCUGUUUUUUAUCAUUUUCUCAUAUGGGUUGAUCCUUCAUGCUGUCUUUCGGAUACCCUCUUGGGAGGCACGGGGAAAAGCUCUUAGCACAUGUGGUUCUCAUCUUUGUGUCAUUACUCUCUUUUAUUCUCCUGUUGUCUUUUCUGUCCUAGCCCAGAUUUUAGGCUAUCAUAUGGCUCCCCAUCUACAGAUUAUCAUUGACAAUCUUUACUUCCUUGUGCCUCCCAUGAUCAACCCCUUGAUAUAUGGAGUACGGACCAAGCAAAUGAGGGAGUGGGUACUGCGGAUCCUGCACUGUCAUGGAGACUGAGGUUGUUACCUGGGGUAGACAGAAGAUCUGGGGUAUGGAGCUAGAAAUCAGGUUAGGUUGGAGGUAGAGAUAAUACCUGUCAGAUUUGGGGUUUCAUGGGGAAAGAAAUAACCAAAGAAAGGAAAAGGAGGAUUUAUUCAGUAUGGGAACAUAACUGAGACAAGUUAUUUCCAUCAGAAUGUAGAUGUUAUGAAACCUUCAUGACCAGAACCCUCCCAAAUGCUUAUGCAAGUAAUAACACAGGAAAUAUUUUGUUGUUAAUUUUAUUUAUGUAAAUGCAUUACAUACCAUGAAUUGGAAGCAUAUUAUUUCAAAUGAGUUAACAAUGAAUUUAGGAAUAUAUUAUCAAGACUUAUGGGCAAAAAUAUUCAUCCUGAUUUUUUUUGGAUUUAAUGAUUUUUCUACUACAUAUAUGUUUUAGAUAUUUUACCAAUGCAGAAUUAUAUAUC